GGCUAGGCUGUCUUGAAUGUUAUUGAUUGGUACGAUGCUUCAUGUUGCCUACCAUUCUGAGAUAUGACAAGGCAUACCGUCGAGACUUGUCUGGCUGUGGCCAACCAGCCAACAAGGUAAGAAAAUAAGUAGCCGGCUUAAGUUACCUUGAAAUUUCAAAGCGAAGGAAAUCGGUUGUCAAAAUAAAAUAAAGGAUUUUGUUUCUACUUACGACCUCGACGUUCAUUAAUAAGAGUUAAAAUACGCUGAAGUUUGAACGACCUGAGCUGACACCUAGCGGGAUUGCGGGGCGGGUUCAACUACCUUAUAACGGGGCUCUCGGAUGCCCCGCGCCCUCCGAUGCACAAUAGUACAAUACACUAGUACUUAGGUACCUUUUAAUGCAAUGCACAAGGCUUAAGACUGAGAAAAAGUUGGCGGGGUUCCAAAGUUCCGAACUUUUGAAUUCCACUUAAACAACUUCCAAAAAAGCAAAGCCUUAAACUCGUCGCGAAAAUGGCUGCUAAAGCACCAUCAGACGAGCUUGAGAAGCUCAGUGUGAGCGAGGGAGCCGCCAACGGGAAGGCUGCCGGAGGAACUAACGGCGCUCAGAAUGGCGAUGCUGCAGAUCAUUCCGGCGAAGAAUCCGAGGAUGACGCUGAUGAACAAACUACCGAGCCCGCACCCGGUGCUGCUAAGAAGAAGAAGAAUAAAAAGAAGAAGCCGAAGAAGAAGAAGAAGGCUCCUACUACUCAAACAGACCCCCCGAGCGUCUUGCUAUCACAGUUGUUCCCUAACAACACAUAUCCUAAGGGUGAGGAAGUCGAGUAUACAGACGAGAAUCGUUAUCGCACCACUAGCGAAGAAAAGCGGCACUUGGACAACCUAAACACCGACUUCUUAAUUGACUAUCGCCACGCUGCCGAAACCCAUCGUCAAGUCCGCCAGUGGGCUCAGAAGACCAUUAAGCCUGGCCAAACUUUGACUGAAAUUGCCGAAGGGAUUGAGGAUAGCAUCAGGCGCCUAGUUGGACACGAUGGAUUAUCAGAGGGUGAUGCUAAGAUUGCCGGUGUGGGCUUUCCGACUGGCUUAAACUUGGAUCAUAUUACUGCCCACUACACACCCAAUGCUGGGAACAAAACUGUUUUGCAGCAGAGCAACGUCAUGAAAGUAGACAUUGGCGUUCAUGUCAACGGAAGGAUCGUUGACAGUGCCUUUACGAUGGCAUUUGACCCGAUGUACGACAACUUGUUGGCAGCCGUAAAGGAUGCGACCAACACAGGUGUCAAGGAGGCGGGUAUCGAUGUCCGCCUCGGAGAACUUGGCGGAUACAUCCAAGAGGCCAUGGAGAGUUACGAAUGUGAGAUCAACGGGACUACAUACCCGAUCAAGUCUAUUCGCAACCUCACUGGUCAUACGAUCUUGCCGUAUAGCAUUCACGGAACCAAGAGUGUUCCCAUCGUUAAGACGCAAGAUAACACGAAGAUGGAGGAGGGCGACGUCUUCGCUAUCGAGACCUUCGGCAGCACCGGAAACGGUUAUGUCCGCGACGAAGGAGAGGUCUCCCACUAUGCUCUGCGUAGCGACGCCCCCAAGGUCGAUCUACGUUUGUCCUCGGCCAAGUCUCUUCUUAACGUUAUCAAGAAGAACUUUGGUACUAUUCCGUUUGCACGAAGAUAUCUAGACAGACUCGGGCAGGAGAAAUACUUGCUAGGGUUGAACAAUCUCGUCCAAUCUGGUAUCGUGGAGGACUACCCCCCUCUACUAGACAAGAAAGGGUCGUACACGGCCCAAUUUGAGCAUACUAUCUUGCUUCGACCUACCGUAAAAGAGGUCAUCAGUCGUGGUGACGAUUAUUAGAUAGAAUCACGAAAUGUAUGAUGUAGCAUGUUGAUGACCUAUAUUACAGCAGCAAUGUGUGCUUUGAUAUGUUGGUGUCAUUAUUCCUGAUCCCAGUAUCAAAUCGCUUAUGAAUUGGCGCCUUGGUUCCUUGCUGAAGAGAUAUAUGACUUGGGGAAGAGCCAAGCAAUCAGGUAUUCAGAAAGGGUCAAAACCACAGACUUGGGAGGAUUAGGGUAGAAGCCGCAGGCAAUUAUCCUAAAUUAACUACAUUCACCAAAA